AUGCCACCGGUGAGACAAGUGUAUGCGCAGGAGGAGCCCUCCAACUGGGCGAAGUUUAAGAUGGGUCUGAUGAUGGGGACCGCGGUGGGGGUGUGCACUGGAUUGAUGUUCGGCGGGUUCACCGUGUUGACGCACGGGGCUGGUCCUGACGGUGUCGUGCGGACGCUGGGAAGUACAUUGCCGGGUCUGCAGCGACGUUUGGGAGUGUUCAUGUCGAUUGGGUCCGUGAUCCGGAGCGAGCCCUGCAGUGGAGGAGGGUUGAGGUCCGCGAUGAGCUUGCACCAGCAGGCGCGGCUCGAGGCAUGGAAGGUGCGUGCUGGGAGAUGUACCAUGCGUGUGAAUAGCAAGUAG